AUUCUCUCUGGCCCAGCCCAAAUAAGUCGCCUCCACUUGUCUUCCUCCCAAACGUUACCGUCGGCUAGGGUACGCGCAGUUGCUGCUCGCUCCCGCGGCUGCUGCUUCGCAGCGGCGACCUCUCCCAAUGGCGCAGAUGCAAGGGGCUGUGCCUUCUCCAGAUGUUUAUGCGCUGAGUGCAGCUGUAGUGAACCAUUCUGAACACAAGGCACGUCGUCUAUUAGGCACUGAUUGGAUAUGCGUGAAGUGUGGUAACCCUUUUCCACCAAGCAAGAAUUACCUCGCAAAUCUUCCACAUUUCAAGUGCACCUUUUGCAAUGUUGAGAAUCAGACAAGUUACUUUUGGUCAAUGGUAAAGUGUCUUGUCAAUGAUGUUAGCUUGAACUUUAAGAUCUACAAGCAACGAAACGGCGAUAUCAUGCUUAGAUAUUAUGAACGAGAAAAUGGCUAUACUCUGCUCGAAGGACCAGAAGGAGGUGAAGAUUAUUAUGUGUAUGAGAACAUGCUUAGAACGGCCUAUCUGUAUGGUAUUCCCUAUCGGCUCACAGGGUAUGAUAAAAAACUUAAUUUACCUAAGCAUUUCGCCAGAAGGCAUUUGAAGAUUAAGAGUUGGUUUCGUGUUAAGACUGAGAACAUUGAAGAAAUCACCAGGCUGCUGGCCAAUGGCAUCCCAUUGAUUGGUACCGUCACUACUGGCAAACUGUUUAGAUUCUUGGGUGCAGGCGAGAUCUAUCAUUGCCCGAUUUCUUAUGAAACUGCCCAUGCUGUAGCACUUCAUGGCUCAGGGAUGUCUGUUGGGAGGGGUGAUGGUACGCAUGGAACCUACUAUGGUUGUAGAAAUUCUCAUGGUGAUCAUGCCCAUCCCUCCUAUGAAAAGAAGGGCCUUGGAGGUGACUUCAAUGUUUGGGCAAAGGAUCUGGUAGGCCCCUAUGUGUAUGGGUUGAAUAUAGCUGAUGACGAUGAUGCUGAUCUGACGAGCACGUCUACAUCUGAACCGAAUCAGCCAAAUGACGCCAUCAGGACAGCACGUAUUAAAGCAUUUACUGGAACAUUAGACGAGCUGGAGCAAUCUGUUGGGAUCCUUGGACAGAAGUUAUUUGAUGAAAUGGGAAUUAAAACAGUUGAUCUGGAAUUUCAAUCUGGAGAGGAGGCUAAGUUUGUCAUAGAGGUCUGUGCUCAUGGAAACGGCAGGAUACCCAAAGCUGAGUGGGCUCCAUGCAAUCUCUCGAUACUUAGAAAAUAUGCAGGGAGUACAAAAGUUGAGUAUCAAGAGACUGAGCGGGAUGAAAUUAUUACUGGUGACGAGGAAGAAGAGUUUAUGGAUGAGGAUGAUGACGAGGAAGAGGAUGAGAUCGAUGACGAGGACGAGGAUGAUGACUACCUGAUGUAGCUGCAUCGCACUGAGCAUGCAUGUGCCAUAUCAGACUCCCAUAUUCUAGUGUGACAGGUCCUGUCAUUAAUCUGAAUCAAAUUAACAAUAGUAACUAACCUGCAUCAUGAACUUCGGCUGAACCAGACGAACGAUGUACCCAAUGAACUUGUAUCAUAUGGGCUAUCAGAUAUUGAGCAAUCAGCACAACUUGUGACAUAUUUACGUACUAAUAUGGCAUACACGAUGGUUGCUGGUUCUAUGUCCUGUGGAACCAUGCCUUUGAUUAGUUUUUUGGGGUAUACAUGCCUUUGACUAGUUGCUCUGAUGUCGCUAUACUACGUCAUAAACUAAUAGGCAUCUAAGUGGGACUGGAAAGCCUUGGUCGAGACACGGCCUUGUUAGACUUCUUAGGGUAGGCUCUCUUGCGUUGUGGUUGUUUUGUGAUCGUUGAGUUGGAGUGGUUCUUGCUUCUCACCGGGAUGUGGUGGGAGCUCCUUGUAUUUUAUUCUCUAUCUU